GGCCUGAUCGUCUCUCCUGAGCUUGAAGUCGUUAUCCCUCCGAUGCUGUGGUUGCUGAUACUGCUCUUGAUGCCGUUACUUGCGUUGUUGUCAACGUUGAGGUUACUGCUGCCGUACUGAUGACCUUGACUUUGCAUCAUCCGUUCGAACCCGAUCGAAGCGUUCCCACCAGACGUAAACGAUUGAUAGCCCUGACUCGUGUUUGUCGAAUUGGACACGGGUGGGGGACGGGGUUGUCUGAAUAUAGACAUCGCGAUAGAAGAAGAAGCAGAAGGAGGAUUGGAAAGGAAGGCUAUGGCUAUAUGGCUAUGCCUAUGUGCAGAAUCCGUAUGGGUCGUCGUCAAAGGGCCUUUUUUAGGUUUCGAUGGGUGGAAGCAAGUGGGUGUGUGUGUGUCGGUCUCACCCUUGUGAUGCCUUGUGCCUUGUCCGAACCGAGAUCUAUCGCUCUUCUUACCCUAUCGCUCCCGUGCUAUGCUCAUAGCAGUAUAGCAAGGCCAUCGAGGGCGACCGGUGGCAGUCGUGAAUGGGGAUGUCGACGACGAAACGAUCUGACGAUCGCAUGGUCCCGACCUCGUUGGUUGUUGUUUGAUGACCGAGGUCGUUUGAUCUCGGCGCGCGACUAGCAAACGACCGUGUGCGUCUCACUCGGAUCUCCCUCCCAUCUUCGAUAGCGUACAGCCUCGUUACAUGAGCGGCUACAGAAAGAUACGGCUACGGCAACCAAAGCCAUCUUC